AGAAGGGAUGCGCUGAAGCUAAAAAGAAGGAAUAGGACAUUCCAUUGUGCCACAAACUGUACCCAGCACAGGAGCAGGCAGUGUGUGCGAUAGCAGCCACAGGGGACUUGUACACCAUUCAUUUGAGUGAACCCGGCCAGAACGAAGGAAGGAAACUGCAGCCCCUGCUGAAUCUUGUUCCCCACCAUCCUGAGCAAGUCCUUCCUUUUCUCACAGCAAUAGGAGGUGCACGAAAGGCUACUACCGGACCUGCAAGCAGCCUGCCCCCACCCCCCACACAAGUUGAAGCGACCUCCAAGUCAACAUGAAGUUUGCCCGGUUCCUAUUGAAGAAUGCAGCCUUGGCAAAUGCCCCCAAACAGAUUGAGAGGUUCAGUCGCUUCUCCCCUUCCCCACUCUCCAUGAAGCAGUUCAUAGACUUUGGUUCUGCCAAUGGCUGUGAGAAGACCUCCUUUGCAUUCCUCCGACAAGAGCUUCCAGUAAGACUGGCCAACAUCAUGAGGGAGCUCUAUAUACUUCCUGACCAGUUGCUGGGGACACCAUCGGUGCAGCUUGUCCAAAGCUGGUACAUACAGAGCUUGAUGGAGCUAAUAGAAUUUGUUGAAAGAAACCCGGAGGACCAAAGAGUGCUGUCUGAUUUCACAGAGGCUCUCGUGACAAUCCGGAACAGACACAACAAUGUUGUCCCUACAAUGGCUCAGGGAGUUAUAGAAUACAAGGAGGCAUUUGGAGUGGACCCUGUCACCAAUCAAAAUGUUCAGUAUUUUCUUGAUCGCUUUUACAUGAGCCGCAUUUCUAUACGGAUGCUUAUAAACCAGCACACUCUUCUUUUUGAUGGAGGAACCAACCCAGCCCACCCAAAACACAUUGGAAGCAUUGAUCCAAACUGUGAUGUGGUUGAGGUAGUGCAUGAUGCUUUUGACACUGCCAAGAUGCUUUGUGAACAGUACUAUUUAGCUUCUCCCAAGCUGAUAAUAAGGCAGGCAAAUGGCAAAGAUCCUACCCAGCCGAUUCAUAUAGUAUAUGUUCCAUCACAUCUCUAUCACAUGCUUUUUGAGCUUUUUAAGAAUGCCAUGCGGGCAACGAUUGAAAAUCAUGAAACCAGUUCCCACCUACCUCCAGUUGAAGUGAAUGUUGUCCUAGGAAACGAAGAUCUUACUAUUAAGAUAUCAGACAACGGAGGGGGCGUUCCCUUGCGGAAGAUCGAACGACUGUUCAGUUACAUGUAUUCCACAGCACCCAGGCCUCUGAUGGAUAAUUCACGGAAUGCUCCUUUGGCUGGUUUUGGGUAUGGAUUGCCCAUCUCUCGACUUUAUGCCAGGUACUUCCAGGGUGACUUAAUGCUGCAAUCAAUGGAGGGCUUCGGGACAGAUGCAGUUAUUUAUUUAAAGGCAUUAUCAACAGAGUCUGUAGAGAGAUUACCUGUAUUCAACAAGUCUGCCUGGAAACAUUAUAAAUUCUGCACUGAAGCAGAUGAUUGGUGCAUUCCAAGCAGCGAACCAAAGAACCUGGCAAGGUAGAAAGGCGUCUCGGACUUUUCCUGUAAGCUGGAAAAGGGAUCAAGCACCUGUCUCCCAGGACCACUACCUGCAAGUGUUCUGCUGCAAUAAAUAGGCCACGUGUACUGUGCUUGAGUUGGCCCAUGAUGCAACAAGGAGAGCAAGUCACCCACCACCACCAGAAGAUGCAGGAUCUUUACAUAGUAGUAUAGCACUUUUUGGCUAAUUCAUUUGAUAUUAAGCACUCAGGGUAUAUUCUGUGCCCUAGGAAAUGUUUGAUUUGUUCUGUUUAUUAAAUAUAACAAUGUGUUACUAUAAGUGAUGAGCUAAAGAUCACUGUGAAUUCAGAAUCCAAUCUAGAAUAUAAUUCUAGCUGUGAUGUUUUUUCCCAUAUUACCAAGCUCAUGGUAAAACAUAAAUCACCUACUCUUAAUGCCGACCAUAGCACAGAUGUUUCUUUACCUUUGUCUGGUAACCAAAUCAUGUGUGAAUACCAUAUUGCCAAAAAGAGCCAGAAGGUAGCUGGUUUGUUUCAUGACUUGAAGCAUACUGUGAAACAAACCCAUUCUGCCCACAGCUGGGCACCAUCUUGUACUGUAUUCCUUAUUCUCUAGUGGAAAGAGGAAUUUGCAGAACGUACAGUAUUUUUUUAUACCGUCAUGCAGAAGAAUAGAUUCAAAUCUACCUUUCAAGCAAAUAUGCAAAAUAAGUUUAACACUGGCUUUUCUGUAAAAUGAGAGCCAGAUCAGAAAGGUAGUCCUAAUUUCUGUAUUUUAGCUGGAGAUGUAUAGUCUCUGUUGUAUAUUCAGAAAGAACAUUUUAGCCCUUCAAACAGAAUCUGGCCUUAUGUUCUAUGUCCUCGCUUGUGCUCAUGACAUUGUAUCUCUUUAAGGAAACCAGUUUGUUGUGACCAUUUGAAAGCACUGUGCCAUAUGACAAGUAAUACUGCAUAAUUCACUACUGAAGGAUUCUGUAGCCUCUUAAUAUUUGUUUAUUCUAUGGUAUUGAUGUGCAUUCUGCAGCCCCUCAGUUCUUCUACUACAGUUCCCAUCAUGCUCUAGUUGGAUUAUGGGGUAUAGAGUUGCGGGCACAGCCCUGUCUUAUGCUGUUGUAGUGGAGACAAUGGCCGAAACUACUAGGUCUAGAGGGGAUAAAAUAUAGAUUUUAAAAAUUCCUGCAGUACCUAGAGCCAUUUGUAGGCCUGAACCCAUUGUGUCUCCACGUCAAGCACGCAUUUGAAUAUUGUGAAUUGAUGCUGCUCUAAUAGAUCCAGUAUGGAACUGCAAUACAUGAGUACCUCCAGUACUUAGGCACAUACAAGAAGUAUGAUCUAAUGAAAAUGUCGACUAUGCAUUGUUUUACCUUAUACCUGUACUAAUAUGCCAUUCAUAUUUAUUGCCUUUUUAUUAUUCCUUAGCCAUAGGGCCUUUUACUAAGUUCCAAAUGUUUUAAUCAUUUUUCCAUUAAUAUAUUUUCUCUUGCUUUGUUUUUUAUGGCAGAAUAUUGCCUUAAAAUGUUAUUUAUUCCAGUUUGAAACUUAUAUUUUGCUGAUAUGCCUCCAUUUUGCUUGUGCAUUUGUGUCUCCAUUGUUGGAACUUACUUUACGGCAUUAUGAUGCAGUUAUUAGCAUGAAUUAUUAGGCAUUAAAUCUCUUUGCUUCGUGUA